AUGGUUUCUUUAGAAGCUUUGGCCAUGGCAGGUGUAAAUUACGAGGAAUAUGGCAUGAGUAUUGAAGAAUUGGAACGUAGAGAUUUGGAUUUAUAUCCACCACCGCAUUUACUAGCUGAAGAAGAAGAUGAUGAAAGUAGCAUCAAUGGAGUUAGAAGGUACACUUCCACCAGACAAAGUAGCAUCAAUGAAGAAGAAGAGUUUUGUGUCACAUUCACCAAUCAUGAAGAAAAAAGGAAGAUAAAAGGAAGAAAGCUGGGAAAAUGCUCCAGAUCGAUAAAAUUAAUGGCGAGAUCAUUUGGAAUGUUAAUAUCAUUAUCUUGUCUUAUAAGAACAAGAGAUUAG